CGGGAAAAGCGGAGGAGUGGCCGAGUGCUGGCUGGCCCAGGAACUGUCCUGCUUGGCUGGGUGCGUUUCCCGCCGGGCCCGUGAUGCCGCGGACCGCCCCGGACUCCGGAGACUGGAGGACGGCUCUGCGAGUCGGUUAGCAUGUCGAGUUUCUCUAGGGCGCCCCAGCAAUGGGCCACUUUUGCUCGAGUUUGGUAUCUCUUAGAUGGGAAAAUGCAGCCCCCUGGCAAACUUGCUGCUGUGGCAUCAAUUAAACUUCAAGGAUUGCAUAAACCUGUGUAUCAUCAACUGAGUGACUGUGGUGAUCAUGUUGUCAUAAUGAACACAAGGCACAUAGCAUUUUCUGGAAACAAAUGGGAACAAAAAGUAUACUCCUCACAUACUGGCUACCCAGGUGGAUUCACACAAGUAACAGCUGCACAACUUCACCGAAAGGAUCCAGUGGCAAUUGUAAAACUAGCUACUUAUGGCAUGCUCCCAAAAAACCUUCACAGGAGGACCAUGAUGGAGAGGCUGCAUCUUUUCCCAGAUGAGGAUAUACCAGAAGAUAUUCUUAAGAAUUUAGUGGAAGAGCUUCCACAACCACGAAAAGUACCCAAACGUCUAGAUGAGUACACACAAGAAGAAAUAGAGGCUUUCCCAAGAUUGUGGACUCCACCUGAAGAUUACCGCCUGUAAAGAAAUGAAAAUUGCAGAAAAUCACAACGAGCCAGAUCUCGACACUGCUCCCCUGCCUGUGCCCCCAUCUUUUUUUCUAUGCUGCAGUCGACUGAUUUGUUUUCCUACCUUCUCCUGGAAAACGGGGUUCGUCCCACCCUCAGCCAAGAACAACAUUCAAUGUCCAGGUCUUUCCUGGCUGAAAAUCCCACCAUGGAACAGGUAGCAAGUUCUGAGUGUGCGAAGCCAGAAGCCCCAGGAGGGAUCCUGCUGCCAAUCUCUACAAUGCCCCGUUUGAAUUGGAUAGAACCCUAUUUCAGAAGGUCCGAUCCUUCCAAGACAGACAUUAAGGCUCCAGUUCAACUUAAACACAGACUCUUACAGAGAAAUGGUAAUUCUCUCUCUCUCUCUGCCCAAAAAUCUAAAGUAAGAGUUGAGUACUUUUGCAGCAUCACUACUGCUCAGGGCUUCGCCUUCAAAGAAUGCAAACCUGAGCUCCGCUACUGGUAAAACAGAGGCAGUCUCUGCCCCUGAGGGCCAGCUUUCUUGAGGUGGGCUGCCAGGAAGCCUGAGGAUCCAUUUUCCACGUGGAGACAGCACACAGCACCUCUGAAGGACACACAUGUCUGUGUCACUUCCAUUUGGUCCAUUAGAAGCUCUUUGAUUUCAAACCAAUCUUCAUUUCAAGGCUGAACUUCGAGCUCAGCCCUCCCUUUUUAAUUCCAACGUUAAUACCUAUGAAAGGCUUGCAAACAGUGGCGGCUAGAAGACCCUGUGUUGCUAGUGGAACACCUGUGCCUUUGUAGGUCGCUGUGGGGCUCCAGCUUGUCCACUUGUAUUAAAUCAUUCAGAAUCGACCCUGAGAUGACAAUGCCACCUGGCAUCUUCGUUAGCCAUCACAGAACUAAAAAGGGCCUUGAGGUUUAGAGAAAAUUCUGAAUAUAAAGCAUCUGCCCUUGACUUUUUUUGGCAGAGUCACAAAGCCCAAAUCAAAUAUUUUUAUAACUUCUUAGAAAAGUGAUUUUAUUAUUAUGCACUGUUACUGCGCACGGUGUGUGUGCAGAGCAGAAAGUCUUGGAGAAAUGUGAAUGUGUAUGUGCUUCAGAAAAUUUGAUCUGGAAGCCUAAACCUUCGAAGCAGUGGUUAGUAGCCAACUCUCCAGUCUGUAUUAACCAGGGAUCAAUCAGGCAACCAAUAUUUACAUUCCAGAAACUAGUCUAAGUGCUUGAGAUACAAAUGUGAAUAACAGCUGUAUCCUGCGAUCAUGGUGUUCUGUUCCUGGUACAGAUUUCCUAACACGCUUGAAAUUUUCUAAAUGAUGAGAGUGUCUUUUGUUAUGUUAAUGAGGUGACUUUUGGAAAGCAGCUGAAGAUGGGGGCUGGUUGUCAGGGGGCCAAUCAUGUGAUUAGAGAGAGAGUUGGAACUUUUAGUCUCACCCCAUGACCUCUAGGGAGGAGAGAGAGCUGGAAGCUGAAUCAAUCUUCAAUGGCCAAUAAUGUAAUCAAUGGUGCCUAUGUAAAGAAGGCUUCAUAAAAACAGAAAGAUGCGGUUCAGAGAGCCUUGAGUUGGCUGAAGUUCAGUUGACUAGGGCUGGGAUUUGCUGGGCUUUGCUGGGCUUGCCUCCCAGCCUCAGCGUAGGUGCAGGUCUAUUUCACGGGUUUCUGGCUGCCACCUGAGGCAGGUUUUCUCAGUGAAAGGCAGAAACAGGAGAGUAAGUUUAACUAUGCAAGCAAAUUUCAAACCUAUCAUUGUAUUAUGUGCCCUAACAUCCCCCAGGUCGACGUAAAUCAAAGUCAAGGGCUUAGAAGAUAAUCUGCUGCCAUGAAGGUGAUGAUCGAGGGUGGAGAGGAAUGGGUAUUUUUGUGAUUUCCCCAUCACCUGGCUUAAACUCCACACACCUCCCUGAGGCCUAUAGGACCUGCCUAUAAAUUUUUGAAAUGCCACCUCUCCACUCUUGUCUCCAUCCACUCCUGUUGUUGGACUUCACAUCCCAGUCCCUCUUGAACAUUGCUAAUGCCCAAACAAUCAUGCCCUCAUGCCUUGUCAUGUAAUAACUCUCCAAUUAUUCUCUCCUGGCCCUAUUUCCACCAUGUCUGAUACAUCUCAGUUCUUUCUAGGCAUUUGUAGAUAUUUCUUCCCUGAUAUCUCAGUUCCCUGUACAUAAUAUAAUACAUUAUAAGCACUUCCUUAUUGUGCUAUAAUUGCUUAUCUCUUCAUUGAUGAGUUGAGCUCAUUGAGGACUAAGAAUGUGUCUUUUCUUUUGUGUAUCCCUAGCACCUAGCACAGUGUCUGGCUCUUGUAAACCUCUAAAAGAGUGCCUGGCACAUAGUAGAUUUAUAGUCUAUAAUAACUGUUGUAUGAGUGACAGCAGCUAUAUUUCCUAUGUAAUACUAAUAUAUAUUUCUGGGCUCUUAAUAAAAGUUGAUUUCUUUAUUAUCUAACAUUAUAAUACAAAUGUUCCUGAUUAGUCACGGACCUCCAUGACUAAUUUUGGUACCCAAACACCUUCCAUCUCCUCGUGACUCCACCCUCCUGUGAGACCUUGGAGUCUCUGCAUUCAGGCGGCAAAUGAGAAAGAAGCAGGUGGACAAGACACACAUACUUCUUCAUUCUCUUGACUUGUAAUUUGGAAACAUAUUCCAUUGGUUGAGAACAUGUCUCCUAGCCCAUACUAAGGGAGUCUGGGCAAUAAGCAGCUAAUUUGUAUUCAAGAAGAGAAUAUGGUUCUGGCUGAAGGUAGCUAGUUUCUGACACAGCAGCCAAUAUGAAAUUAUCUGAGACCUCGAUAGGAGUAUUUUUUUGGUGAUACCAGAGUUAGAAAGAUGAGAAAUCCAGACUUUAACCAAUUAAGGAAAGAAUGGACAGCCAACAACUCCAAACUGAUAUAGGUCCCUGCGGAGUAACAAAGCAGGUGAUUGCUUCCAAACACACCUGAUGUUUCUGCAGUCAGUGGCUGCUUUGAUAGGCAUGAAAAAAAAGUAAAUGUUAAGGUUUAGAAAUACAGUCCAAGCCACAAUCUUUCUGGUAACCAUCAAUGUCAUUGUUCAGACAUCUAGGAAUAUGACAGCAGAAACCAUCACCCUCUUUCCACACUGCCAAGCUGCUGGGUCCGUGGGCUGCUGGGUAAAUGGUCACUGUUCACUCCCAUCCUUGAAAGUUAUUUUUAGCCAUGCAGGUAUAGAUCCAAUUCCUUCAGAAACCCCCCAGAUAGGGACUGCUAGUAUUUGAGGAGAAGAAAUACUUCCCCAAAGCUAUAGAAUGUGGACAGACGGUUACGGCUCCUGCACAGUCAGCUUUUGCGUUGCACCCAGGUGUCUAGCUUUUCUGUUGUUCAGAAUCUCCAGCCUGGUUUGAUAAAACAUGCUCACACUAGAGUGGAAUCAGAUAUAGAACCUGCUGGCGACACUCCAAGAACAUGAGCAGGCGGCCAGUGACAAGAGAGAUUUUGUUAGCAGGGCCUCCUGUGGUGUCCAAAUCUGAUAACUGAAAUGUUUAUAAAAAGAACUCUUUGUAAAGAGUUUCAACCCUUUCAGCCUCUAAUUUUCCAGUGCACAGGCACAAUACAGACACAUACAUGAGAAAGGACAAGUAAAGUGAAAACACAUGAAUUUUCUAAUAACCCAAUUCUCUUCAAUACAUCAGCUCAAUAACUGAGCUCAUUCACAUACUAAUGAUUUCUCCUGGUGAAAGUCGAACUGAUGAACACUUUUGUGACAUGAUUUUUAGGACAUAACAGGGAUAGAGUUUUAGCAGGAUUCAAUGAAUUUGAGCCACAUGAAAGGACAGUAAAAAAUAAAAAUGUCUUCAGUAAUUAAAUGUCUCUAUUUUGGCUCACUCAGUUAGUUUUGCUUUGUUACCAUACAAGAUUCAUUUUAGAUCUGAAAAGAAAAAGAUAGUUUUACUUAUCUGGGCUUUGUCAUAAAACAUCUUUUAAUUUAGGUUAAUAAAGUUGAAUUUCACAA